AGGAAUGUUAGGCUAUGCCUGUACAGUAGCCUAUUUGCACGAUAAUUAUCUGCAUACAGAAGAUAGUACGAAUUGAUUUCUUAUGUAGGUUGCGGAACAGAGGAUGUUAAGCAAAUUUCGUUUUUGCCGCGGUCGUUGAAUAGCUGUGAAUGGUCUACGUUUGUAUUUAUUCGGUUUGCUGUUUAUCUUGCGGGUCUUUGCCUCGCGUCAUACGCACUUCCAUUACCAGGACCGAUAUGAUGUGCAGGGGGGAUUGGUACAGGACGCUAGCGCAGGUGACCAGGAUAUUAGGCUAAAUAUGUCAAGGGCUUCUAGUGAAUCUGCUCAUGCCUGCUGUAUCUAAUUGUAGUUUGUUGGACGCCAGCUUGAUCUAGACACGGUUAGGCAUUCUCUUGUGUAUAACACCGAGGCUGUGUACACACGGGGAAGAUAAAGCUGAUGCAGAGCUGGCAAGCACACAGGAACCAGGAAGCCUAAAUCUGGAUUCUACUGGCAACUGACCGAUAUUGAACACGGGGAUUCUAGCAUCACGUGACCUGAGCAGUUAGUGUUGACCCCUCUUAGCCAGGACUCUGGGCAUGGCGAGGACCCCACCAUGGGGGCAAGGAUGCACUCCCACCUCACAGACAGCUUUGAGAAAAUGCCAGCUUGUUCAUCCGCUGGGUACCGUAAGGCAGAAGAUGAAAUGUCGGGAACCACGUCGCAGGCGGACCCGAUAGAUGCUGCAGCUCGGACAGUCCUGCUUAACCAGUGUCAGACAACGAAGUUCUGUGACAAUCAUGUCAGCACAGCGAAGUAUGGGGUCCUGACAUUCCUGCCACGCUUCCUGUAUGAGCAGAUUCGCCGUGCGGCCAACGCCUUCUUCCUGUUCAUCGCACUGAUGCAGCAAAUCCCUGAUGUUUCUCCCACGGGCCGCUACACAACACUGGUGCCACUUAUCUUCAUCCUGACUGUGGCUGGGAUUAAGGAGAUUAUUGAGGACUAUAAGCGACACAAGGCAGACAACACAGUCAAUAAAAAGAAGACAAUAGUGCUACGGAAUGGGAUAUGGCAGACAAUAAUCUGGAAACAGGUGGCGGUUGGAGACUUUGUGAAGGUCACCAAUGGUCAGCACCUCCCUGCUGACAUGGUCAUUGUGUCCUCCAGUGAGCCCCAGGCCAUGUGCUACACUGAGACGUCCAAUCUGGAUGGAGAGACCAACCUGAAAAUCCGACAGGGACUCUCCAUUACUGCAUGCAUGCAGUCUCAGGAGGACCUGGUGACUCUGUCUGGACGCCUGGAGUGUGAGGCACCCAACCGUCACCUCUAUGACUUUACUGGGACUCUGCGCCUGGACAACACCAACCCAGUUCCUCUGGGUCCAGAUCAAGUGCUGCUGCGAGGUGCCCAGCUGAGGAACACACAGUGGGUUGUGGGGAUUGUAGUCUACACUGGACACGACUCCAAGCUCAUGCAGAACUCCACGAAGGCUCCACUGAAGCGGUCCAAUGUAGAGCGUGUCACCAACAUGCAGAUCCUGGUGCUGUUCUGUAUUCUGCUGGUCAUGGCACUGGUGAGCUCAGUUGGAGCAGCCAUCUGGAAUAUACAACAUCCUGAAGACACCUGCUGGUACCUGUCUCGCACAGGGGAUAUUUCCAUGAACUUCUGGUAUAAUUUAUUGACCUUCAUCAUCCUCUACAAUAACUUGAUUCCCAUCAGCCUGCUGGUCACACUAGAAGUGGUCCGGUUCACACAGGCCCUCUUCAUCAACUGGGAUGUGGAGAUGUACUAUGAGGAGACAGACACACCAGCCAUGGCACGGACAUCAAACCUGAAUGAGGAACUUGGACAGGUGAAGUAUCUGUUCUCUGACAAGACGGGGACACUCACUUGUAAUAUCAUGAACUUCAGAAAGUGCACCAUCGCUGGCAUCACAUACGGGCACUUUCCAGACCUGGACUGUGAUCGCUCCAUGGAGGAUUUCAGUCAUCUUCCGUCCAGCAGUCAUAACUCCACUGAGUUUGAUGACCCUGCACUGAUUCAGAACAUUGAGAAAAACCAUGCUACCUCACCCCAGAUCUGUGAGUUUCUAACAAUGAUGGCUGUAUGUCACACUGUUGUCCCAGAGCGAGAAGGAGACCAGAUCAUCUACCAGGCCUCCUCCCCAGAUGAAGGAGCUCUUGUCAAGGGGGCGAAGGGUCUGGGGUUUGUCUUCACAGGCAGGACGCCCCACUCCGUUAUCAUUGAAGCGAGGGGGAAGGAACAGACCUAUGAGCUGCUCAAUGUUCUGGAAUUCUCCAGUAACAGAAAACGCAUGUCUGUGAUCGUUAGAACACCAAGCGGGAAGCUUCGUCUCUACUGCAAGGGAGCCGAUAAUGUGGUCUUUGAGCGCAUCUCAGCUGAUUCCCAGCACACAGAGUUAACUGUGUCACACCUGGAACAGUUUGCCACUGAAGGAUUGCGGACUCUAUGCUUUGCAUAUGUGGACCUGUCAGAAGGGGAGUACCAGGAAUGGCUGAAAGAGUACAAUCGGAUUAGCACAGUACUAAAGGACCGGGCCAUCCUGCUGGAGGAAUGCUAUGAACUGCUGGAGAAGAAUCUGAUCCUGUUAGGGGCCACAGCGAUAGAGGACAGGCUGCAGAAUGGGGUACCUGAGACCAUUGCUACCUUGAUGAAGGCUCACAUCAAGAUCUGGGUUCUGACGGGAGACAAGCAAGAGACCGCCAUCAACAUUGGUUACUCCUGUCGGCUGGUAACACAUGGCAUGUCCCUCCUCAUCGUCAAUGAGGACUCACUGGACGCUGUGAGAGCUACUCUGACCGCACAUUGCGCGUCACUGGGAGAUUCCCUGGGUAAGGAGAAUGAGCUGGCACUGAUCAUUGAUGGACAGACUCUGAAAUACGCACUAUCCUUCGAGGUGCGACAGUCCUUCCUCGAUCUGGCACUGUCCUGCAAGGCUGUCAUCUGCUGCAGGGUAUCACCCUUGCAGAAAUCAGAGAUUGUGGACAUGGUAAAGAAGCAUGUCAAGGCCAUCACACUGGCCAUUGGCGAUGGCGCAAAUGAUGUGGGCAUGAUCCAAACUGCCCAUGUGGGUGUGGGAAUCAGUGGCAACGAGGGCAUGCAGGCUACCAACUCCUCUGACUACUCUAUUGCCCAGUUUUCCUACUUGGAGAAGUUGCUACUGGUCCAUGGAGCAUGGAGUUAUACCCGUGUCACCAAGUGCAUUCUGUACUGCUUCUACAAGAAUGUGGUUCUGUACAUCAUUGAGCUCUGGUUUGCCUUUGUGAAUGGCUUCUCGGGACAGAUCCUGUUUGAGCGUUGGUGCAUUGGCUUGUAUAAUGUGAUCUUCACAGCACUGCCUCCCUUUACGCUGGGCAUAUUUGAUCGGCCCUGCAGUCAGCAGAACAUGUUACGCUUCCCACAGCUCUACCGCAUCACACAGAACGCAGAUGGUUUCAACACCAAGGUGUUCUGGGGUUACUGCAUCAAUGCUCUGGUCCACUCCAUCAUUCUCUUCUGGUUUCCACUUAAAAUUCUAGAACAUGACUCUGUUUUUGAUAAUGGCCAUGGCACUGACUACUUGUUUGUGGGGAACAUUGUCUACACUUACGUGGUGAUUACUGUGUGUUUGAAGGCUGCGAUGGCAACCACAGCUUGGACCAGGUUCAGUCACCUGGCAGUGUGGGGCAGUAUGCUGCUGUGGAUGGUGUUUUUCGCUGUGUACUCUGCUAUCUGGCCCUCCAUCCCCAUCGCACCUGACAUGUUGGGACAGGCGGGCAGAGUAAUGCAGUGUUGGAGUUUUUGGCUUGGUCUGAUUUUGGUGCCAACUGCAUGUCUGCUGAAGGAUGUAGCAUGGAAUGCAGGGCGCCGUACUUUUAGGAAGUCUCUGCUGGAGGAGGUGCAGGAGCUGGAGGCGCGGGCGGUGGAUCCAGGAGCAGCCGUGCUGAGAGAUGCCAGCGGCCGCAGUCUGAAUGAGCGUGCCCAUUUGCUGACCCGUGUCUUCAGGAAAGCACCCUCCAGCCUGGGCCGCUCCAACUCCAUUCAGCAGACUGUCUCACAUGGCUACGCCUUCUCACAGGAGGAGCAUGGCGCAGUGUCUCAGUCCCAGGUGGUGCGCUCCUACGACACCACCCGUCAGCGUCCAAGUGUGUAGCACUGCCCAAUCCCCUCCUGCCCCACCCCUCCCCACCCCACCUGCUAAUGGCCCACUGGACUGCUUUGCAGCUGCUGGGGAGUUUUGGGAGGGGCCAAGGUGAGGGUCGAGAGGGACACUGUGACCCUCCCCACUGUGGCCUUACUGGAACUCUGAUCUAAUGAGUACAGGACCUUGGGGGGGCGGGGUGCUGGGGUACCGGGGGUGCAGCUGCUGUCGGCCCUCAUUUAGCCCUGAACAUCAUGGGCGAUCCAGCACUCUCACACACGAAGCCCAGCUGGCUGCAUCACUCUAAUUGGGGUUUGUUUUGCUUUUGUUUUUCUGUGAGUCUGUCCGCAAUUGUGUGUGCGCAUGUGUAUGACUCUGUGCGUGCGUUAGUGUGUUUGAGAGAGCGAGCACAAGUGUUAAUGUGAGUGUCCAUCAGUGCGUGUAGACUUGUUGGCAAGUGUGCGUGCAUGUGCACGUUUUAUGCAUUCUGUGUGGGCACGGGUGAAUGUAUCUGCGUGCCUGUGUAUGUCUAAGUGUGGUGUGUGUGUGCGUGUGUGCGUGCGUGUGUUCCCCCCAACUCCUCCACCUGGGUUUAACACAUCACUCAUCAACAUGGUGAUCGGGGGGGGGGGGGGGGGGGGGGGGGGGGGGGGGUCACUGUUAAAUAAAACAUUCUGGGCUUGAGGAAUUUCUUUAAGGCAGUCAGGGCAGUGAGAGUGCAGAUGCACUGCAGUUUUCCAGUCUGGCUCUCUCAGUCAGCGAACACACCGACUCCCGCUCCGGCCUCCCCUCUCCCUUCCCCGCCCCCAGCACCCUGCCAAAGAUGAAGUGCAGGGCUAUAACCAAGUCUGAGCUCUAGCGCACAGGACGUCCUGACUCGGACAGGAAACUAACCUGCAUCUCCGUGCUCCAUGCUUGCUCUGGGCCAUCUCCCCAUUGCACGCUCCCUCCCGCCUCUGUCCUGUGACACCCCCUCCCCCCUGAAAGCCCGGCUGUAGGACCCCAUGUGUGUACCUGCUGUGCUUGUACUGCUUUUUCUCAGUCUAUUGGGAAGGUUCAAUAAAAUACUUGUAUUCUCUU